AGGACUCUGCUCAGGGCCACUUGCCCCUCCCCCAGCCCGGAGAGCUGAGCACAGAGGGACAGAGGCCCCCAGAAAUGUCGUUCCCUGGACGCAGGCCCCAGGCCCUGGCCUCCCUCUGCUUCUGCGUUCUGGUCCUGGCCUGUGUUGUGGCAUGCCAGCAAGAAGAGCCUGAGGGGACCCUGAGCCCCCCUGCUAGGGGGCCUGGAUCCUGGGUCUGACCGAGGAGGCAGAAGUCUUGGGGGCUAUCUGCGGUCUCCACUGUGAAUCCCCUCCCUUCCAGGGGCCCCACGGCCUUCCGGGGCUUCGUGGAGACCUACUACGAUGACCACCUGAAGGACCUGGGCACUCGCGCCCAGGCCUGGCUCCGCAGUUCCAAGGAUAGCCUCCUGAACAAGGCUCACAGUCUGUGUCCCCGGCUGCUCUGCAGGCCCAGUGACCAAAAUUAAAGCGUCACACCCUCUGCAAUAAACAAGUUCUGUGUGU